ACCAACAAAUUUCACCUCUCCCUCCAAAAGCAUUUUUUUUCACUUCAAUUUGGUGGGAAAACGAAGUGAUGGCCAUCAACAUUAGGGCAACAUUUUGAUUCAAAUUCUCACUCUUGGGUUUCGUUGCAAGAUCAGUCAAGUUGAUUUCGAAAAACUAGAUCGUUAUUCGUUGCUUCAACAUGGAGCUUGGUGCCGAUCCAUUGGGUCUUUGAUUAAGGGAAUGAUCUCUGCUUUGAGAAGGCUUGCAAGAUUUUUGAGCUAAACUUUUAAUUUACUGAAUUUCUUGCUGGAUUGAAUGACUUUUUGACUCCUGUGAAUGGACUACUUGGAGUAGAAAUAGCCCGAAGAACAUUCAGAGAAACAUUUGUAAGAUAUGGAGUGUAAUAGAGAUGAGGCCAUCAGGGCUAAAACAAUAGCCGAGAAAAAGUUAGAGCAGAAGGAUUUUGCUGGCGCAAAAAAGUUUGUCUUGAAAGCACAAACUUUGUAUCCAGGGCUUGAAGAUCUUUCACAAAUGUUAACAAUUCUUGACGUGUAUAUUUCUGCAGAAAAUAAGAUAGGUGGAGAAGUGGACUGGUAUGGAGUACUGGGAGUGAGCCCUUCGGCAGAUGAUGAUACUCUGAGGAAACAGUACAGGAAGUUGGCUCUUAUACUUCACCCUGAUAAAAAUAAAGCUAUUGGUGCUGACGGUGCAUUUAAACUUCUUUCAGAGGCUUGGAGCUUCUUGUCUGAUAAAUCUAAAAGGUUAAUGUAUAACCAGAGGAGAAGUUCAAAAGGAUUUCAACAGAAAGCUCCAGUGCAUUCUAGUGGUCCAUCAGCACCUGCACGAGCAAAUGGAUUUCAUAAUGUCAGUGGCAGGGCAACUUCAUCUUCAAAGUCCAUUAGUGGUGGUGCUCGAGCACCCUCUACUUCAGUUCGUCCUCCAUCCAAUCCAAGAAAUGAUACUUUCUGGACCAUUUGCCAGCGGUGCAUGAUGCACUAUGAGUAUCUCAAGGUAUAUCUCAACCAUACUCUUCUUUGCCCUAAUUGCCAUGAGGCAUUUCUGGCUAGAGAGAUACCUCCACCUUUCAAUAAGACAUCCAAUUCAGUGCCUCGACCAAGACAACAGAAUUCAGGCAAUCAUGCUGCGAAUGGAAAUCAAUCUCAUCCAGGAAGAAAUGUUGCAUCGAAUAAAUCGUCAGGACCAUCAAUGGGUGGUCUUAAUUCUGCUAAUUACACAAACCUCCAGCAGGAUCCAUUUUCUGGAAUGGCUCGCUUUGGAAGCACUGAUCCUUCAAUUGCUGCGAAGGCCACAAAUAUUGUACAUCAGGCGCAUGAAAGAAUGAAAAGGGGGCGUGAUGAUUUACAAUCUGCCACUGGAUGGGACAGGGCCCAUGCCCAUAGCUCUGUUAUGAAAAAUGAAAUUCCCUUUAAAAAGAUGAGACUAGGUGAGGACAUUAAUCGUUAUUCUUCAAAUCCAGUGCAUUAUGCAGACAAGGGCUAUGCUUCUUCAGGUAGGUAUGGUAGGCCUAACAGCACUAGGGAGUUCACAGCACUUGAGAUCAAUAAGAUGCUGAUGGAGAAAGCUAAGAAGGAGAUUCUUAACAAAUUGAAUGAGUGGAAGUCUGAAACUGUGCACAAGGCUCUAGAUACAGAGAAAGAGAAGGUUAAAGAGAAAAAGAAAGAAAAAGAAAGGAACAAUAAAGUUUCUGGACUUGGCAUGAGUGGAAAAUCCAAUUCAUCUGCCUUGAGGAAUGUAGAGAGUUUGAAUACUUCUGCUGAUGAUGUGAAUAAGGAAGAUCCUGCAGUAGCGGCUAUGAGUGUUCCAGAUCCUGAUUUUCAUAAUUUUGACCUGGAUAGAACAGAAGGUUCUUUUCAAGAGAAUGAAGUUUGGGCUGCAUAUGAUGAUGACGAUGGCAUGCCUCGUUUCUAUGCUUUGAUCCAUAAGGUUAUGUCAGUGAAGCCAUUUAAGUUGAGACUUAGUUGGCUUAACUCUAAAACCAAUACUGAAUUUGGUCCGAUGGAAUGGGUAACUUCAGGUUUCUAUAAAACAUGUGGGGAAUUCAGAGUUGGCAGAUAUGAAAUGAGCAAGAGUAUUAAUUCUUUCUCCCAAAAGGUUAAGUGGUCCAAAGGCCCCCGUGGAACCAUUCACAUUUUCCCCAAGAAAGGGGAUGUUUGGGCCCUUUACAGAGACUGGUCUCCUGAUUGGAGUGAGCAUACCCCUGAUGAAGUGAUACACAAGUAUGACAUGGUGGUAGUACUAGAUGACUAUGAUGAGGGAAAGGGUGUCUCAGUUGCUUCACUUGUGAAGGUUAGUGGUUUCAAGACAGUGUUUCGUCCCCAUUUGGACCCUGAAAAGGUCAAACCAAUACCAAAAGAAGAGAUGUUUCGUUUCUCUCAUCAGGUCCCAAGCCACUUGCUUACAGGUGAAGAAGCUCAAAAUUCUCCAAAGGGUUACCUGGAGCUUGACCCAGCUGCUACUCCAUUGGAACUUCUUCAGAUAAUAACCGAUGCUAAGGAAGUACCAACAAUGCAGAAUGGUGGAGACAUGAUGGGAAAUAUCCCGCAACGAUCUCCAGGAACUAUGACAGAUGAGAUUGCUGAAGUGGCUUUUAGUCCCAGGGAAGAAAAGUUUGUACAAAACAGUGAAGAAGACUCCAUAAAAAAAGACAAGAUGGUCUUCCCUGAAGUUAUGAAGGAAGUGGAAAUUUAGAGUGGCGAAUUAGAUAGGAAUGGGAGAAAUUUUUUUUUUUUUUUUUUGGUUUUAAGGUAAAUCUAUAACUCUUAGGUCCCUUCGGCUUGUUGAAAUGGAUGCUUUUGUGGCUGGAGGUAACCUUAACCCCAACACCCAUAUGUUUAUCAUACUGCAAAAAACGAAAGCAGUUAAGACAGCAACAUGGCUGGAUGAUUUUUUGGUUUUUGUUUGAUGGGAUGGUCUGACAGUCUUUUGACAAGAUGAUAGAGCAAGCUGAUGCUUUAACCAAAAACAGAUUGGUUAGUUUUCUAUUUCAGAGUCAUAAAAUAGCACACUGUUUUACAUUUUGCUGGUGUGGAUUCAUGAUCAUGUUUCUGUUUCUUUUUGUUGCUGUCAAUUGCAAUUUUGGGUUUAGAAA